AUGAAUGGAAAAAGCCUCUGCCCUGAUGCCAGUUACCCAGCCCCCUUCUCUGAGUCCAUUGGGGUUGACACGCCCCCUAUGAUGGUUCUGGAGGUUUGGCGGUUCCAGAGCAAUGCUCUUGAGAUACCCGCAACGCGGGCCGCACAAACUAUACAAGCCCAGGGAUGCAGCCUGGCGCUGUGUUGUGUAGUAGGCCUAAGGUGCGUGGUGGGUCCUGAGGGCAAAGACGGAGGCCAUGUCUUGAGAGUUCCGCUUCUUCAGAGGACACAAAUUGUGUUUUUUGUUUUGUUUUUCCUUAUGUACAUUUUCACGGUGUUUGGAAAUAUCAUUCUGAUCGGCGCAGUUAUAUCCAGCUCUCGGAUGCACACACCUAUGUACUAUUUUCUCUGCCAGCUGUCCAUUCUAGAUUUAGUCUACUCGUCGGCUUCUGUUCCCAAAAUGCUCGCGGACAUGAUAUCUACAGAAGGAGGAAGGAUUUCAUUAAUCGGGUGCAUGAUACAGAUGAGCGUAAGUCUUCUCCUAGGAGAAACAGAAUGCAUCCUGCUGGCGAUAAUGGCGUUCGACCGCUACGUCGCCAUCUGCCUCCCUCUGCGUUACGCGGUGCUGAUGAGUUGGAGGUUGUGUAAGACUUUAACAGGCGUUAUGUGGUCGGGGUGUUUUCUGAUGACCACUUUUCCUCUGAUUUCAAAGCCACCUGUAUUCUGCAAAGACAACAGAGUUGAUCAUUUUGCUUGCGAGAGCUUGGUCAUUCUAAAAAUGUGCGGAGACACUUUAUUCUAUGAUAAGAUGAUAUUUUGGGGAAGUGUAUUUACGCUUCUGCUACCUUUUAUGUUCAUUAUAGCAACCUACGUUUGUAUUAUAACAUCGAUAUUAAAGAUUAGAUCUAUGGACGGGAGGACCAAAGCCUUUUCCACGUGUGUUUCCCAUGUGACGGUGGUCUUGCUGUUUUAUGGAACCAGUAUAUCCAUGUACUUAGUGCCAACAAGAAAGUUUCCAGAAAGUCAAAAGUACAUCAGCCUUAAUUACGGGGUGGUGACGCCCAUGUUAAACCCUUUGAUUUAUAGUCUGCGAAAUAACGAUGUUAAGAGUGUAGUUAAGAACAUUUUUCAUGCAGUCUUCCAAUAA